AUGAAAUUGAAAAGAAAUAAAAUAAAAAUGAUAUUAAUAAUAAUAAAUUGUAUAUUAUUAUUACUAACAACAGCAUUUAAUAUUAGUAAACAAUGUAAAAUUUAUAAAAUGACAACAGUAAAUUGUCAUUGCAUCGGAAACGAGGAAUUUUUCUUGCCGGAAGGAUACAAUUAUGAAAAUGUAACAAGUAUACGAAUUACAUCUUGCACUAUUGUAAACCUUCAUUUUUCCAGUUUAACGGAAGCGAACAAAAUAACAGAAAUAAUUGUGCAAAAUAUUAGUGAACGUUUGAUCUUCGAACUAUUUUUAACAUCGAAAAAAAUAAAAAAACUAAAAUUAUCAAAAAUUCAACGAAUACCAUUAAUUACUCAUGAUACAUUCGUUAGAUUAAAUAGCAUCGAAACGCUUCGUAUUGAGGACACACGAAUUGAUAAUUUUGAAGAACAAUUUACUGAUAUAGCAAUAACCAACUUUUCUAUGAUCAAUGUUACAAUUGAACGUAUUCAUGAGUUAAAUUUUUUAGAACGAGUUUCAGUUACAAAAACCUGGUUAUAUAUUGAUCGAAGGGAAUAUCAUUUGUAUUGAAAACUGUAUUUUUU